GCAUGCGAUGUUCCCUCCGGCAAGGCUUCGCUCCGUGCCCUGGCCGCGGCUUACCUGCCUUUUUAAGACCGCAUCCCCCUGCUGGAUCUCGGGGGAGCCGCGUCUCGCAGCCUGCCUGCCUGUCCCCGCUUCGGAGCCUCCUCUUUGUGGUGUCGCGUGAUCUCAGUGAUAGCAUUGUUAUGAUCUCUUUCGGGUUGCCUCAUUGUGGUGGAGAUCAAUUCUCCCUCUCCUGCUACAGACAACAAUAGUUCACGGGGUCAUUACGCUCUCCGACGCCGCGGGUGCGUCCCGUGAUCACCCCCUGCCUCCUGCGUUUCGCAUCGUCAGGGUGUGCUCAGUUUUGGGAGCCGCUUAUGCAUGGAUUGGCGGGGUGUGUGAUUUGGUGUGGCUAGGCCAUGGCGCAUGGAUCCGGUUUGGUGUGAGGCUGCAAUGCUCUUCGUCCACUUUGAGCGUUAAUUCGGACGGUGGCUAAUCUCAAGGGAAUUCAGGGCCUCUCUUUGACGCGCACCCGAGGAAUUUGUGCGAUGUUGCAACAACCUCGAUAGUUCGACGCUGGUAUUCAAGCUGUCAGGGCUAGUUUCUGCAUUGCACUGAAUGGUUCUGACAGACGGCUGUGGCGGUUUCUGCAUUUUCAGCGUCGGGAGGCUUUUGUAAUGCUGAUGAAGACUCAACUGCGUUGCACCUAGAUUGUACCACGACCUUUCGACGUCAGUUUAGAAGCAAGAUAUGGGAUGUGGGGGCAGCAAAGGUAUUAAAUGUUACCUUGAGUUAGCAGUCAAUGGCAAUGUCAUAGGGCGUCUUGUGGUCGAGUUGCGCAAUGAUAAGGUUCCCAAGACUGCGGAAAACUUCCGGCAGCUGUGUACUGGUGAAAGUGGAAACUCAUAUGCUGGAACCACCAUACACCGGAUCGUGCCAGGUUUCAUGGCCCAGGGAGGCGAUUGUGGAAAAUCAAUAUAUGGGAAGAAGUUUGAUGAUGAGAAUUUCAAGCUUUUACACAAAAGCAAGGGUGUGCUCUCCAUGGCCAACACUGGACCUCACACUAAUGGCACUCAAUUCUUCAUCACGUUGGGUGACUGCUCCGAGUUAGACGGAAAAAAUGUUGUAUUUGGAAGAGUUGUUGAAGGAAACGAAGUUUUAGAUGCUUUAAACGACUUGGGCAGUACAGACGGAAGCACCAAAAGCAAAGUAACUAUUCAUAGUUGUGGGGAAAUGUAAUCGACAACAUUAUAUGACCUUCAUAAUAUUCCUACAACGACUGUUGUAUGUCAUUUCCCCACAUUGCUGAGAUUGUAGCCUCUGAUAGUAGUAGAUAGGUUUGAUUUCAGUCCCACUUCUGGGACGAUAAUGAUGAUGGCAAAAACAUUGAUUGAGGCAACUUACUGUUGUUGCAUGGUUGAAGCUCAAGUACAGCUUUGGUGCAUUUCUUACAUUUUCUUACAUUUCA